AUGAGCACCAACCACUGGGCAUGGACAGCGAUAGGAGGCACUCAGACAGAGCCUUAUGUGAUAAAGACUACAACACCAGAGAGGAACACAGUGGUUAGAGGACUAGGAGGAAGUACUGCAGCUCCAACCUGGGCAGCCUUCCUGGGAAAAUGCAGCUGCUCCUAUUCCUUGUGGCCUUUCUUCUGGCUCCCAAGGUUGAGGCAGAUCCAGAAUCCAAAUAAAUCCUGUGGGGGGUUCCUGGGACAUGAGAACUUUGUGCUAACAGUAGUUCACUGCAAGGGGAGCUCCAUCAGGGUCAUCCUGGGGACCCACAACAUCAAGGAGCAGGAGAGGACCCAACAGGUCAUUCCAGUGAGAAAAGCCAUCCACCACUCAGACUAUAAUCCUAAAUAUGUCUUCAACAACAUCAUGUUACUGCAGGGAGACUCUGGGGGCCCCCUCGUGUGUAACAUGGCCCAGGGCAUUGUCUCCUUUAGAAAAACAGAUGGGGAACCUCCACAUGUCUACACCAGGAUCUCAAGCUUUUUGCACUGGAUAGAAAGAACAAUGAGAUGCUUCAGCCUGCAGGGACCAGACUGAGAUGCCCCCAGGAUCAAUCUGUCCAUCUUCUCUGGGACAGAGGCCAGAACUGCACUGGGAAAGGGGGUGGAGAGGAGGUUGCCAAGGCUUCAUAAACUUCCAGCUUUUGAGUGGAAAUUAGAUCCUCUUCUUUUAUUCACCAUAACAUUUGUUAGUUACCUACUGCGUGUCCAGCCACCAUCUGUUCACAUUUCUCUAGAACAAAAAGUCAUGUUGCUUUGGUACCCAGCUCCUUCCAAAUACACCUCCCUGCACCACCUCCCCCUGCCAGGCUGAAUGUAAGCUCCAUCAGGAAAAAGGAGACACUGCCCCAAGAAAAAUGACCCUCUCCUAGAGGAUGCUCU